GGGGACUGGGCCGUAACAACCCGCUACCUCUUCUUCGCCCUCGCCUCGGUCCGUCAGCUCGUGCCACGAUCCUCCUCCGCCGCCGCCGCCUCCUCGCUCCGGCGACCGCUCCUCUGACUCCUGACAGCUUGCGGCCAGCAGUGCCGUAUGAGGUUCGCGGGGUGGUACCUGAAGAUCGCCGUCGGCGGCGCGGCCAUAGGCGCCGCCAUGGAGCUUUUCAUGAUCCACACCGGCUUCUAUGAGAAGGUGACGGUACUGGAGUCAGAAAAACGAGCUUGGGAAAGCAGUCCAGAAGCACAAGCUAUGAGAGAAGCCUUGAAUCCAUGGCACAAGCGUGAUGAGAAGGAGAAAAAAUAGGCAAUGAUAGACUCAUCGGUCCUCCUUUCAAGUAAUUGCAUUUCCACCCUUCCAUUGUAUCGUAACCCCUUGAACAAGGUAAUAGGGAUGUGGCGUUUUUGUAGUUGUUCGAACCUGUCUCUCUGGGGUUGCUGGAUGAUAGCUUCCAGCAAUGUUCUAAAGGAGUUAUGCCCAUAUCAUAUCCAUAUGUCUUCUUCCUAACAAGGAUUCUUUUACUGUUUCCACGCAUAUGCGUCCAUUUUGAACGUCAUUCAAACUCAGUAUCUGCUAUGUUUAGCAAUGUAACAAAGAAUUUUAGACUUGCAGAGGUCAAACCAAUCUACGUCUUCCAUUCAUUUAGUGAGGACCGUCUUUUAUGUGAGUCGAUGCUAAAUUUUGUAAUCAAAGAUAUCUGGGGUACCCCUGCUGCUCCAUUAAUUCAAAUUCUAGACGUUUAUUUCUCAUGGCAUAUUGUUUAAAUUUUUUUUUCUCUUGUUUGCUGUGUCAUGUAGGUACUUUUUUCUGAAUCAGAUGUAUAUAGACACGUUUUACUGUGUUUGUUCA